UCAUUUUGGGUUCGUUUGCUUCUCGAACAGCUGCUUAUUUUGGUGUUUAAGGAAAACGGGAUUUAUCACUGUUGUAGAUGUUAUUUCAGUUUAGCUAUUGGCUUGUGUUCUGUUCUAGUUACCGGGUGUUGUAUUCUGGGUGCUGUUGUUUUUCUUCAGAGUUUUGAAGCUUUGGUUGGGCGUCUUUUGCGAAGUUUACACAUUCAUAGGAGCGAAUCAUGGGAGAGCCGCUGGGGCUGCUAAAAGUGAUGGUUGUGCAAGGAAAAAGAUUGGUAAUUCGAGAUUUUAAGAGCAGCGAUCCUUAUGUGAUAGUCAAACUAGGCAGUCAGAUGGCGAAGACCAAGGUUAUCAACAGUUGCCUUAAUCCUGUUUGGAAUGAAGAGCUAAGUUUCUCUUUCACAGAGCCUGUUGGAGUUCUAAAUUUGGAAGUGUAUGAUAAAGACCGUUUCAAAGCAGAUGACAAAAUGGGACAUGCUCACCUUAGCCUUCAACCAAUUGUCUCUGCCGCUAGAUUGAGACAGAUUCUUGGAUUUUCUUCUGGUGAGACAACAUUGAGGAAGAUAGUCCCGGGCAGUGACAACUGUCUUGCUGGGGAGAGCUCUAUCAGUUGUGUAAAUGGUGAGGUGGUGCAGAGUGUUUGGUUAAGGCUUUGCAGUGUUGAGUCUGGGGAGAUUGAACUGAGCAUCAAGUUAAUUGACACUACUGCUGCUCCCUCAGGGUAGUGCAGAUUCUACGGUUUGCAUAGGCUUAGAUCUUUAACAAAGUAGGGGGAAGAGGUGAAUAUACAUUUGUAGUUAGGUUUAUGUGAACCUCUAACUCUGGAAGCAGCCGCUAGGCUGAAGUGAAGCCAGGUUAAUGGUUUAUGCAUAAUGAGCUUCAAGUUUCUCUCAUAUGAUGGGUCGGCUUCCCCUGUUUUUCCAUUUGACUCCACCAUAUCGAUACUACUCUCGCUUACUUCACCAUCUUCAAUUCAUCUGUUCACUUCUCCGAGCCCUACUACCUUCAUCUUCUUCUAUGGCUGCUUGCUCACUUACCAUUACAAUGGAUCAACACUUUUUUAUCUUUCUUCUGCCCUACUAGCAGUGCUGCAGGGACCUUCUAUCCUAAGUAAACAUUGCACUCAUUAAUGAAGUAGAAUGCAAAACGAAUAGCGAAAUUGAAGAGUCCCAAAAUCAAUUAGUAAUAGCU